AUGAAUCCCCCUACCUUCUAUGGAUCUAAAGUGGAUGAAGAACCUCAAGUCUUUAUAGAUGAGGUGCUUAAGGUGGUUGAUGCCAUGGGUGUAUAUUCUCGAGAAAAGGCAGAAUUGGCCGCCUACCAAUUGAAAGAUGUAGCUCAAGUUUGGUAUGAGCAAUGGAAGGAGAAGAGAUUCGUGAGAGCGGGCCCAAUUGAUUGGGGAGUAUUCAAGAUCAAUAAAGAUAGGGUGUCGAACCCUAAGUCUCAAGGAGGCAAUAAGGGUGGAUCUUCCAUGGAGAGGCCUACAUGUGCCAAGUGUGGUAAGAAGCAUGAGGGGAAAUAUCUUGUCGGUAUGGGUGUGUGCUAUGGAUGUGGAAAAAAUGGACAACAAUUGAAAGAUUACCCAACCCGUUCGGCCAAGGGAAGAGAGGGUAAUCAAGCCCCUCCAAGUGGUUCUAAUUCUGAUGCUCCUAAGAAGAAUCGCUUUUAUGCUCUCCAAUCCCGAAAUGAUCAAGAGGGGUCCCCGGAUGUUGUUACUGGUAUGUUACAAGUAUUUUCCAUUGAUGUUUAUGCAUUAUUAGACCCCGUGCCACUUUGUAUUUUGUUAAUCCUUUUGUGGCUAUGA